UUAAAAAGUUUGAACAAACCUUACAACAGCCUCGGGGCUUAUUUUUUUACGCACAUGGAAAGUUUCCACAAUUGGUUGAAUUCUAGGCAUGCGGAAAUGUCACUUACACGUAAACGUCUUUGCAGCUGUUGUGUUGUGUUUUUGUCUAACAAAUACUGAAACAAUUUUGGAGGUGCGUUUGGAUGGCAUCCAGAAACCUCAGGUAGCGCUAGCAUUAGGCAACGAGCUAGCUGUCGCCAAUGGUGGCAUUUGGCAAUCGUGACCGCCGAACAUUUUUAAGCUGUACACUUUACGAUCCAGGUUGUCAACUUGUACUCGGCAGAAUUUAGCGAUGCCCCGAGUUGAUAACGCCGCGACCACUGAUGGUGUCAGGUUGGCAACGGAGCCUUUAGCGCGGAGGCUAACUUUUACGCAAGAGUCGCCAAAGGACUCCGGCAUAGAACUACGCGAAGUAGAUGGAACUAACUUUCAAACAGCUUCUUUUCAUGAAACAUCGCAUCAAGGAGUCCCAAUAAAUACAAAGCCAGGCGGACAGCAAAACCAGUGUUGUGAACAACACUGGACUGCCCGAAUACUAGCUAUACUUCUAUGCGUCAUCGUCGCGUCUGCUAUUGCAUUAGUUUUUGCAUUUGUCUAUAUCAUCUUAAAAGAGCUUAAAACGGAAAAAAUAAUGAAAGAAGACGGAACAGAAGUGAAAUUAUUGGGGUUUUGGAGUAUGUUGAUCAUUUCCUCCUUAGCUGGAGUGGCCUGUUGCAGUUUCUCCUGGACAAUGACCUACUUUGACUCCUACGACCCUGCCAUUCGCUCUCCCCCUUCUGCAACCGGACUAAGGAGGCUAACGGGACACUCAUUCCACAUGGGCUACAGCGUGGCCAUCCUCAACGGCAUCGUCGCCGCCUUCACAGUCAUCUGGUGCCUUACCUGAUCCUGAUCCUCACCACCUUCACAGUCAUCUGGUGCCUUACCUGAUCCUGAUCCUCACCACCUUCACAGUCAUCUGGUGCCUUACCUGAUCCUCACCGCCUUCACAGUCAUCUGGUGCCUUACCUGAUCCUCACCGCCUUCACAGUCAUCUGGUGCCUUACCUGAUCCUCACCGCCUUCAAGGUCAUCUGGUGCCUUACCUGAUCCUCACCGCCUUCAAGGUCAUCUGGUGCCUUACCUGAUCCUCGCCAGGCUUGGUCCAAAUCACCUGCCAUCGCUCAAAGUCAUGCGUUCUGCACCCAAAAAAGUGUGAGAGUAGGGAAUGCUUCACUGGGUCCCUCAUCCAAGUUUAGUAAAAAAUUGUUGCUCAUCAAAAAAAAAAAAAAACUUGAGUGUCCAAACAGCCAUUAAAAAAAAACAACUUUUGAGGCACUCCUUACUAAAGUUUGAAAAAGCCUUUAUUAGAUUCUGGCUACAUAGGCAGAAUUUUAUGAAGGCGUUUUUUUACUUUAAGCCUUUUUUUGUCUUUUUUUAAUGCAUUCCGAACUUUGAAAUGGUCAUGUUUCUGGACUAGCCUUGUCCAAACCUACAUCUUUCCUUCAGCGUUAGUAAGCGCACACCAUGUGCGGUGCCUAUGGCGGUCCAAUAGGUUACUUUUAUGAACACCGUUUUCAUCACAUACUCAUAACUUCAUCCAAUUUUAUUUGCCCAGCGUUGUGUCUUACCUCCAUCACUUACACUCUUCAUAAACAAACUUACAAGCAUACUGUGACCAUACCACAUGAUGUCUCACACAGCUUGUCUUAAAUCACCUGACUGGCCAGUAACAAUGUAUUUUAGACUGGGUGGAGACAUUUGGACAUUUUUUUGGAUGCUUUCUUCUGAAAUUCAGCGCACCAUGUGUAUGGGUAUGGUGAUGUUCUUUCAGAAACUGGAAAAAGACAUUGGAUCUUCACAAGGCUUGUCUGAAAUCCCCUGGCUGAAUAGUGGCUUACUGAAAGCAAUGUAUUCUGGGAUUUAAAUAGUGGCAUUUUUGGGGACAACAGUCUGAUCUGAACAUCAGUGUCCCAGAUGGGGAGGUAUGGUUGAUGUUGAGGUAUGGUUGAGGGAUCAGUCCAAAAUACGUCACAUUUCAGGUCUAGAGUAUAUUUAGUUAAAGUCAGGCACGACUUAACUUUCAAACAAGCCCACAUAUUCACCAUAAACAUGGACUAACCUCAUUUCUCUCCCUGUCAAACCCAAUGGACAGAAGACUUCUGUGAUACCACCUUUGAAUGCAGUACAGUUCAAAGAGAAUUCCUUUAAAUUAGAGAUGCACCGGAUCCUGAUUUUCAGCACCCUGCCGCAUACCGGAUCCACUGCUAAGAUCCUGCCGGAUCCGGAACCGGAUACUGGAUCCUACGAAAGGGUUGAAACACAUAGCCUACUCACACACGUGGGC